AUGCUGGCCGGCGCACUCUGCCGCCUGGCAGCUGACGCUCCCAGGACGUCCCCACACGACAUGCCGCAGCUUGCCCGCUUCCUCCGCCGCUCUCUCCUCGCCCACAAUGCCGCUCGAGUCCCGCAUGCCCGCCCUCUCUCACGCGCCUUCGCAUCCCUUGUCCGUGCCCGCCGGUCCUAUGCUACAACUACGCGCGCUACCGAGCCGACCGAGACAGUGAAGAAGGCCGUCAAGACUGCGGCAGCUAAGAAGCCGGCGCCUAAGAAGACUGCCACGGCCGCAAAGAAGGCAGCCCCCAAGAAGGCUACGGCGACCAAGACUGCGGCAAGCAAAACAGCGAAGAAGCCGGCUGCCAAGAAAGCAACGCCCAAGAAGCGCGUCAAGAAACCUUUGACGGAUGAAGAGAAACUACAGGCCAAGAUCCGCCAACUGCGCGUCAAGGCACUCAAGGAGCCUGUAAGGCCCCGCGCGUAUACGGCUAUAAAUGCCUUUGUCUCUGAAACGCGCGCUUCAAAUUCCAGCUUUACCGAAACUAUCGAGGCGUUCAGGAACUUGACUCCUGCUGAGCUUGAGCACUGGAACCACAUUGCCAACCAACAGAACGCUGCCAGACAAGCCGAGUAUCAGGCAUUUAUCCAUUCCUACACUCCCGAACAGAUAAAGAUUGCAAACAACGCUCGUAGCCAGCUACGGAAGUUGCUUGCGGACAAGCGUAAGCAUACCCCUCCAUAUGCUAAGAAACUUGUGGACGACCGCCAAACCAAGAAGGCGGUGUCUCCCUUCCCAGCCUUUGUGCGAGCCAGGCAUGCCAGUGGAGACUACAAGAACAUCCCUUCGACGGAGGCCAUCAAACUCGCUGCUAAUGAGUGGAAGAGUCUGAGCGCUGCCGAGAAGCAGAAAUACCAGGAUGAGUGGGUAGCUCGGAGGGAUGAUGCUGCUGCAGCUGCAUAA